CGUCAUUUUUAAGACACGCCUCUUAUGUAAAUUACCCUCGGUAUCCGGAAAUUAAGGAUCUCGUGAUGUCAGGGGGUUGUGUGUUAGCAGAGCAUCGGAAUGACGCGAGUGACUUUCUGCUUUAAGAAAUAAAACAGUCCAGUCGCCGAUCUUUUUUUUACUAUUUAGAAUAGCUGGCAACUUUCGACAUGGGACUAUAAACGCGGAUGUACUGUCGGUGGAUGUAUUCGUCGGCAUGGACGGUAAUGGGAAGUCUCUCGUCGGACCUAACGGGAUGCCAUUCAGUUAGCCGUUCAGGAGUCAAAAGUUAAGAUUGGUUACCUCAAGCUAGCUGGCUGGCUAGUAAAAGGUUUCGUUUGAAUACCUCACCAUAAGUCAUAUAUGCUUGUCUUGCAAAGUAAACCCGGAGUCAUGACACGCCCGACCCUGGAGCGAGUGACGGACUUUAGCGACUAUACGUGUGGUAACGAAUUACACGAAUUUUUAAAGCAGACCAACACUAAUAACCGAGGCACAAACAAUCUGUCAGAUGUGCGCCUCAGUCCAGAUGGGCGUCACAUUCAUGUCAUUCUCCGCCAGCCCAAAGUCGGUCUGCUGACAUUCGACAAAUAUGAAACACCAAAGAUCAUCCCGAACCAAAAGCGUCUGGACCUGCGUUUGACGCGCACCUCAUCGAUAGUGGACAUCAUUUAUUUGGACCACAACAACAACAGGAACGCUGACAUCGCCACGCUCGUCGUUGUGUACGAGAAUGGCAAAGCCGAGUUCUGGAAAUUUCAGGAGUGCAAAGCGGGCUGGCAGCUCCUCCAGACGUCGGACUUGUGUAACAGCCCCCGCGCCAGAGUGGUGUCUGUGUCGUCCUGCGCCAACCUUAUCAUCUGGUGUGAGGAAAGACCGCACUCUGAAAGCUCUCCGUCUAUCAGCGCCACCAGGAAUAACUUCAGAUACUGCAUUUGCAAGCGUGCCUACGAGGUGGAGGAGGGGGGUGUGAUUUUGGGAGGGGUGAAGAUCGCCCUGCACAACAACCCCAGCUUCACCGUCAUCACCUCGGGUGACCAUGUUUACCUGCUGCCCGCCGCGCUGCAGGAGAAGCCCCUGCUGAGCGUCUCUCAGUGUCUGCUCUCGUGGUCGCCGCAGCGGGACGCGUUCAGGGUGUGCAGCACGUGUAAAGGCGCUUUGCUGUUGAAGAAAGACUCCUCCUCUUCCCCUAAAGAAACAGACUUCAAACGAUUGGUGAUGGAUUGUUUAGGUUACCUAUCGUCCCUGCAGCCCCCCGAGAUCCACGGGUUCUCCCCGGCCGCGUGCGGGGGGCUCCUGCUGCUGCUCAGCACCGGCUGGGUGACCCUCCUGCAGAGAGACGGCGCCCUGAGGCCCGUCUACCGCCUGGGGGGCGACGGCCCGCCCCCCCGCCCCCCCACGCCGCCGCACAGCAGCCUCCAGGCGUACGGGGACACGCUGGCGCUGGCAGCGGGCCGGACGCUGUACCUGGUGGAGCUGCGCUGCGGCCGGGAGCUGCAGCGGAUCCCCCUGAAAGGAGACGGCCUGCUGGUCGUCCACCGGGCGGACCGACGGGCCCCCCGCCUGCUGCUGGAGACCGGGCUGUACGUGGUGGCGCGGCGGCCGGAGGAGGGGGAGGCGGAGGGCGGCGGCCGCCUGGUGGAGGCGGUCUUCGAGGAGGCGUGUACGUACUACCAGAGGCGCAGCCUCAGCAGCACUCAGCUCACCGUGGACAAGCUGAAGAAGGCGGGCAUGUUCCAGGCUCCCAUCUCCCUGGCGACCAUCCUCAAGGACUACCUACGGGACGGGGGCGGACUCAAGGCGGGGGCGGGGCGGUCCGACGGGGGUCCUCCCCCGGGCGCCGGGGGGCAGGACAAGCUGCUGGGCUCCCUGGAGGCGGAGCUGAAGGCCCUGGUCUCGCUGGAGGAGGUGAAGGGGGCGUUGGUGCGGGCCGGGGAGGAGGAGGUGGGGGCGGUCUGCCAGAGCCUGGUCCACCAGGAGGUGGGCCGGCUGCUGACGGCGGCGGAGCUGGACGGCCCGGCCCUCCUCUACCUCAACGCGCUCUUCAGCCGGUUCCCCCCGGAGGCCUGGGCGGCCCUGCAGGCCGCGCUGCAGCUCCAGUGCAACGGCUCGGGGGCCCUCUCCAGCCGGGCCCCCGCCGAGGUGUGGAAGACCGUCCUGGCCCCCGCCCACCUCCCCGGCCCCCCGGCCGACCCCGCCUCUCUCACCGGCAGCCAGCCCGAGAACAAGCACCCGCUCAAGGCCGCGGCCGUCCCCCCGGCCCCGGGCCCCCCCCCGGCCCCGGGCCCCCCCCUGGCCGUGUUCGAGCUCCUGUGCCGCACGGUGCUCCGCUUCAGGGCGGGCUGGCUGCCAGGGCUCCUGGAGCUGGCCCACCUGAAGCAGGGCGCGGGCGGGCUGGGCGUCGGCCUGGCCUCCUCCUGGAGCUCCGCCCCCGGCCGCGGCGGGGCAGAGAGCGGGGAGGCCGCCGUGCCGCUCUACAAGCGGGCCCUGUCCGUCCUGCACAGCCAGGGGCCCGGCGCGGACCCCCACCAGAGCCAGGACCUGGAGGUGGAGCUGCUGCUGGUCAGCGGGCGCCCCAACGCGGUGCUGCAGGCGCUGAGGAACCUGACGCGGCGCGGCCAGUGGGCGCGGGCCGCGCAGGUGGCCCAGAGGUUCUGCCAGCAGAGCCCGCUGCUCAACAAGGAGAUCUUCGCCUCGCUGCUGUGCGAGGUGGCCCAGCACCGGGACCUGGACCCCUACCUGGACCUGCUCUGGGCGCUGUGCCCCGAGGACCUCACCGUCACCAGCAUCCUCAACCUGGUGCUGAAGAACGUCCCCGCCCCCAACGCCCCUCCCCUCCCCUCCUGCUCCCCCCUCUCCCCCUCCUGCUCCGGCCUCCCGUCCCCGUUCCCCCCGCCCCACUCCACGGAGCUGACCGUGGGCCUGCUGAAGCCCCUGCUCAGGAAGGUCCUCCAGAGAGAGACCAAGCCCAGCCAGCGCUACGCCGACAUCCUGCAGUCCCCCGUGUUCCCCCCGGCCGCACCCCCCCGCCAGCCCGCCGAGACGCAGCCCUCAGGGCAGCGGAACGGGGGGCCGCAGCCCCGGGCCACGGCCCAGGGGGCCCCCCACACAGACCCCCCCCAGUGGGGCAGUGACCCCGCGGCCGUCCCCACACCGCGGCCGCUGGAACGCGACCCCCUCGGAUGCAAGGGGGGACUCCCGCAGCCCGCGAGUCCGUACCGACGCGCGGCUAGCGGCGUCCGUCUGGAGGAAUGAGGGGGGCGGGUAGCGGCGUCCGU